AUCUAAAGUCUAUGAAAUCUUAACCACUUGUUGCAAAUUAUUACAUAAGUAAACUGACAUCAACUACAUCCUUUUCGUCGGUUAUUUCGUCCGCUGAAUUGAUAUCGAUUUUAAUUUAUAUAUUUCUUUCAACGUAUUUGCUUUAUCUCGUUCUUUUUCUACGAGUUCAUCGAGAAGAUUCUGCGAAAAAUUGAAUGCUAGCGAGAGUCUGUUUCCUGACAAUAGCAAGUAAAGCUGCUUCGUUUAAUACAGUAAGAAAUAUCCAAAACAUUGCUGGAAUGUCAAAAUUUGAUCUUCCCAAUCGCCUCAAGGGCAGUGAGAAAUCUGUCUGGGUGGAAUAUAUCCAGCUCGCUCUGCAGUACAAGCCGUUGAAUUUGGGCCAGGGAUUUCCAGAUUAUUAUGCUCCGGAGAAUGUAACUAAUGCUUUGGCUGCGAUUGCCAAAAGUGAAAAUCCACUUUUGCAACAGUAUACUAGAGGAUUUGGUCAUCCAAGAUUAGUGAAUGCAAUUGCAAAAUUCUACUCUAAGCUCAUUAAUCGUGACUUGGAUCCAAACAAAGAAGUGAUAGUUACUGCUGGUGCUUAUGAAGCAUUAUAUGCGACUUUACAAGGUCAUACCAAUCCUGGAGAUGAGUGGAUCAUUAUCGAGCCCUUCUUUGAUUGUUAUGUACCUAUGGUACAAAGUGCUGAGGGAAUUCCCAGAUACAUAGCAUUAAAACCGAAAUCUACAUCGGGUAUAGUAUCUUCUGGUGAUUGGGUAUUCGAUAGAGAAGAGUUGGAGAGUCUUUUUAACAAUAAGACUAAAGGCAUAAUUAUCAAUACUCCAAAUAAUCCGACAGGAAAGGUAUUUACAUUGGACGAAUUACAAUUUAUUGCCAAUCUCGCGAAGAAAUGGAAUACUCUUGUAGUUGCAGAUGAAGUUUAUGAGCAUAUUAUUUAUGAACCGUACAAGCACAUAAGAAUUGCAACAUUGCCUGAUAUGUACGAACGUACAAUCACAAUCGGAUCGGCGGGCAAAACAUUCAGCGUUACAGGCUGGAAAAUAGGCUGGGCCUAUGGACCAGCGAAUUUGCUAUAUAAUCUGCAAGUUAUACAUCAGAACUCUGUAUACACCUGUACCACACCAAUUCAAGAAGCGGUAGCUAUUGGAUUCGAAUUGGAAAUGGAACGCCUUGAUCAACCCGACUGCUACUUUCAUAGUUUGGCAUUGGAGCUGUUACCAAAACGCGAUUAUAUGGCGAAAUUCCUUCAGGAAAUUGGUAUGGUACCGACGAUACCCGAGGGUGGAUACUUUAUGCUCGCCAAUUGGUCUCCUUUGGAGAAUAAAGUAAAGCUACAAGAAGAAACGGACGAGAACAAGGAUUACAAAUUUACUAAAUGGAUGACGAAAAAUGUUGGCCUUCAAGGUAUUCCUCCCUCAGCGUUUUACAGUCCUGAACACAAACAUCUGGGAGAGGACUAUGUGCGAUACUGUUUUAUAAAGAAAGACGAAAAUUUGAAGGCGGCUGGUGAUAUCUUGAAAAAAUGGGUGUCUAAAUCGAAAAUUUAAUUGAAAUUAUAUACAUAUAUACAUAUAUAUUGUGUACAAUAUAUGUGUAUAUGAGUAUGCACGUUUGUAUAUUUAUUGACUAUUGAUACUUGUCUCGUAUUUUGCACUGACUUAAUAUUUUGUACAUUGCUUCUAUAUGAACUUAUUAGAAAUAAUUAGAAAGAUGUCACAAUAGAGAUUUUUAUUUCUGAAAGCAUAUAUAGUUCAUAAUAGCAAUGUCCUCUUCGUCACAUGUAUAUGUAAAUAUACUUAUAAUCUUAAAUUUGCAUGCACAUAAAUUUUAUAAAUUUUUUGUAAGAUAUAUCGCGUGAUUCAUAUGCGAUUCAGUAAUGUAUUUUGUAAUUAUUGGACAACAUCGUAUCAUUACGAAAUCGAUUUACAAGUCGGAGUCUCCUUGAAGCCAUUUUUUGGCAUCUGUCGAGUCUGCUCCGAAUGUUUUACCGCAUCUAUAAAAUAUUGUUGAAAAAAA